CAGGGCGCUCAUGACGUCACGGACACGGGUGACGUCACAUCCAUGUCCAUGAUGGCCGCUCGAUUAAUUUGCCAUUAGUUUGUCGAUUAAGAUCAUGUUUUCCACGGUUCCUGCUGCAGAUUUGGCAUAGUUGAUUCGGAGAAACUAUAAAGACAACACCAUGUCUGACGACGACGACAAACCACCAGCACCUCCUGUGCGACUCACAAGCAAUAGGGGCGACAUGGCGCCAACCUUGCCAGUGGACAUGAGGCCGCUGCCUAAAGAGCCGGACGCUGCAGACGAGAAGAAGAAGCAGCGCGCUCUGAAGGCAGCUAAGGCCAAAAAGCAGAAGGCACCUGGUGUGGGCAGCAGCUUCGGGGCAAGUGAUGCCCCCGACAAACCUAACAUCUCCUACCCGACGAAUUUUGAGCACACGGUCCAUGUGGGCUUUGACGCUAUCACAGGAGAGUUCACAGGAAUGCCUGAAGCGUGGGCGCGCCUUCUCAUGGCUUCUAACAUCAGCAAGCAGGAGCAGAAGAAAAAUCCGCAGGCGGUUCUUGACGUGCUCAACUACUAUGACAAUUCCUCAAAAGAGCACAAACCCUCAAAAUACAUGACCACUGCCAAAAUCACAGUGGUUGAACCACCCCCACCACCUUUGGUAGCCACCCCUAUCCGAGGCCCUAGUCAAACUAGUGCUGCCUCUGGCUCCAGUCACACCCCUACCGGCUCCAGCCACCCUUCGUCCUGCAGUCCUUCCACCACUCCAGACACAGAGCACACUGGAGGUGAAGACAAUGAGGAAGACGAAGCCUCGCCUCCUCCACCUCCAAUUGCGACCCGCCCUGAGAGAACUAAAUCAAUUUACACCAAACCACUAGAAGACGAGAGUCCCAGACACAACUCGAAUCACCCAACGUCCCCUCACCAUGUGCUGCACCAGCACACAAAUGGAUCUGCCAUGAUGUUGGACAAGAACAAAAAUGCCACUCCAAUGCUCUCUUCUUCGUCAUCCUCGUCAUCUCACCUUGGAGCUGCCACAACCUCGCCUACGCCUCCAUCAGCGACCACCCAGAUGCCAACGAGCCCUGCUGGUGGUGGCUUGGUCACAGCUUUAGAAAGAGAUAAACCUAGAAAAAAGAAAAUGUCUGACGAGGAAAUAUUGGAACGGCUACGAACUAUUGUCAGUGUAGGCGAUCCAAAUAGAAAAUACACAAAAAUGGAAAAAAUUGGCCAAGGUGCGUCCGGUACUGUUUACACUGCAAUAGAAACAUGCACUGGCAUGGAAGUAGCAAUCAAACAAAUGAAUCUGUCACAGCAGCCCAAGAAGGAACUUAUAAUUAAUGAAAUUCUUGUGAUGCGAGAGAAUAAACACCCCAAUGUAGUCAACUACCUAGAUAGCUACUUAGUAGGAGAAGAAUUAUGGGUGGUGAUGGAAUACCUACCCGGUGGAUCCUUGACUGAUGUGGUCACUGAAACUUGUAUGGAUGAAGGGCAAAUUGCUAGUGUGUGUCGGGAAGUGCUGCAGGCACUUGAAUUCCUGCAUUCUAAUCAAGUCAUCCAUCGAGACAUCAAGUCUGACAACAUUCUGCUAGGCAUGGAUGGCUCGGUCAAGUUGACGGACUUUGGCUUUUGCGCACAAAUAUCACCUGAGCAGAAUAAAAGAACGACCAUGGUUGGCACUCCGUACUGGAUGGCGCCUGAAGUGGUCACGAGGAAGCAGUAUGGGCCAAAGGUAGAUGUUUGGUCACUUGGCAUUAUGGCAAUAGAAAUGAUAGAGGGAGAACCGCCAUACCUCAAUGAAAAUCCUCUUCGAGCCCUCUACCUCAUCGCCACCAAUGGCAAGCCUGACAUCAAAGACAAGGACAAAUUGUCAGCCGUUUUCCAGGACUUCCUCGAUCAGUGCCUCGAAGUGGAGGUUGAGCAACGAUCGUCUGCAUCUGAAUUGCUCAAGCAUCCAUUCCUGAAGCUGGCUAGGCCACUUGCGAGUCUAACACCACUAAUAAUGGCUGCAAAGGAUGCUGCCAAGAAUCACUGAAGGUGUCUGUCGGUUAGUUUAAUGACAAUGGACAAGGUGUUGAAAUCAAGCAGCAUCAAAUUAGUGAAUAAUUAAAUGUGAGACCGUGACUGGUGGCAAGUACAUUUUUAGAGUAGCUUUGUCAACAUUUGGUUUUGAUCAGCUCAAAUCUGUGAAAGUCGUGAUUAUUUUAAAUUAGUGCCACUACUUUAUUAGUUUGCAAAAGGCCGAGAGCUGCAAAUUUUUUCAAAAAUAACUCUCGGUAGAUUCAAGCAAUACUGCAGUAUACUGUAUGAUUUUGAUAGGUGGACCACAAACAGAAAUCUCCCAAACCAUCCAAUGAUUUGUUAGUCAUGAUUAGAUUUUGUUCUACUCAGCAUAAUGAAAACCUCAACAAGUACACACAAAGUAAAAUGCCGUAGUUACUUUUGAAGAAUAAUUGCGAGUAUCAAAAUGCUAACUGAAUUAUUAUCAAUAAUCAAGUUGAUUCUCAAAAGUCCUGCUUUGGUUUGUUCAUUAUAUUGCUAAAUCUCUUAAGAGAAAACUUACGCAUUGACAAGAGUGUUAUAAAGCUCUAGAUGCAUAUAUAUUUGAAUUAAAUGGCGUUGUCAAUUGCUAUCAGGUUACUUUCCUUAACAUACUUUCAGGACAAGAGAAUUAUGACUAACAAUACACAUACAUAUUCUUGUUAUCACUAUAUAAAUAGACGAGGGCAAAAACUAGGGCUGGUGCCUGAGCUUAAAUCAUUUUGUAGUUGGGAGUUUUAAAUUCAGAAAUCGAGCUGCCAAAGUUUCCUCAAAUGCGGUAGUAGUUUCCACUUUGGCAGAGAGCAUUAUCUCCGAAGCAAUGCUGUGAUUCCCGAUUUUUUAAAAGGCAGUGUUUUAACUGCAUUCAAAUCGAAAAAAGACUAUAGACCCAAAAGUGCAUCUGAAGUAGCCUCUUUAGUGAGAUAGGCUGGAAACUUUGGCAGUUCAUUAUCUGAGCCGCAACUGAUUGGGUUAGCUUAGUUAAUUUCCCCAGAAUCAAUUGGCCAGAAAGGUCGGGUUAUUAUUUUUGUAUUGUAGAUAGUAUGAUUAUUUGAAAAACAUUUUCAGACAAGUCUGAUUGAUAUUUUCAAAUUGCUUUGGUUCAAGCUUUAAUUUGUGUAAAUAACUUUUUUUAAUAUUAUAUGUUGUGUAUCAUCUAUUAUUUUUAUGAUUGGUCUUUCUUCUUUAAUUAUAAUAAUACUCUCUUCUUCCUCUUCAAAUUAAUUCUUUUGUAAAAAUUUACUUUUCCAAAAUUAAUUCAAUAUUAUUAGUAGGGUUUUGUCUCAAUUCAAAGUCUUCAACUUUUUCUAAUUUGUGUCAAGUCUUAAUAUUUUCCCAUAUAGCGCGUGCCUCAUGCAUAGAAUUUGUAUUAGCUACAUUUUAACCUGAAGACUUUGUUAUUAUUUUUGCGUAACAUUGAUGUUCUAUCACAAUCAAUAAUAUCAAAAGUAAAUAAUUUGUGCACUUGGCAGCAGUUAUACUUCGAUUACAAUCCAGUGCUCGACGAGUAUUUGUGUGCAUCAAUAUUUUUGACACCCCUAGUCAAUUUAGAAUAACUUCAUGAAUGUUGUGCAACUAAUUUGACAGCUGCGUUUUGGCCUUUAUGUUUUAAAACUGGAUAAUAAAAACAUUUUGGCUUUUUGUUGUGGAAAUAUAAUUAUAUUUAUGCUGACAAAAAGAGGUAUUCAGUAUGAAAAUCUACUAGAAACAUAUAAAAUGCAGAUGUAUCUAUAAUAAAAAUGCAAAAAUGUACAUCAAUUAAUGACUACUAUGUUAUGGUGGAGUGAAGUGGUGCAAUUUUAUGCACCCUGAGUGCAUGGACAUAAGAGAACAUAAAAAAUAUGACGAUGCUGAGAAAGAUAAAGUUUUUUAUUAAAAAUGUAACAUUGUGAGAUAGCUAAUAAAAUAAUGUUUUAUAAAAGCCGUA